AAUCAGCUCGACAAUAUUAACGUCUUCGAUCCCUCCCAUUCAUUCUUCCAAAAAUGUUCUUCUUCUGAAACCUCUGCUUCUCGGAGCUGAGCUGCCAUGGCGGUUUCCGGGAGUCGAGAUCCCGACGUAGUAAAUGUCGUCGCUUUGGGGGUGAUAUCGUGGACAACGGCUUUCGUUUUGGUCAGAAAACUCCUCCGGAACCGAUCUUUUGAGCUCUGCAACCGUGUGGUCUCCACUCUCCAUGCUGCCUUGGCCGUCACGUUGGCUUCCCUCUCUGUCCAAGAUUUGCGAUGCCCCAUUUGUCCUCUCGCUUCCCAAUCCUCACCAUUUCAGAUGCAAAUAUUGGGGGUGAGCUGUUCUUAUUUGAUAUAUGAUAUGGUGUGUUGCCACUUUGACAAAAGAGUGAGUGUGGACAAUACCAUCCAUCAUUUGAUUAGCAUCGUGGGUAUUGCAGCAGGCUUAGCUUAUCAAAAGUGUGGGUCAGAGAUGGUAGCAGCAUUGUUGAUAACAGAGAUCUCAAGCCCCUUUCUCCAUUUGAGGGAAAUUCUCAAAGAAAUUGGUUACAGAAAUACUGAACUUAAUUUUGCAGCUGAUAUUGCGUUUGCAGUGAUCUUCUCAUUCGCAAGAAUGGUUGGAGGGCCUUAUCUCACCUACCUUACUUUAUCCUCUAACGUCCCUCUUCUUAUUAAGGCAAUGGCAUUGGGAUUGCAGCUUGUGAGUGCCUACUGGUUUUACAAGAUCGUGAGAAUGGUCAGAUUCAAACUCAACAACAGAUCUACAUUGAAGAAUAAUUAGUCUUAGCUAAGAAUCACAAAAGGAAAAUUAGAUCAAAUUUCUUAGUCCAGAUUGUAUCUUGGGUGCAGUGAUAUUGCAAAUAAAAACAAUGCCAUAAACUUUGCAAUGAACUCUGUAUUCAGCAAACUGAGCUGCAGAUAUCAUGUUUAAGUAGAUGAAAAUCACUAGAUUCCAUA